AGCCUCCUUCCUCAGAUGUAUGGGCUGGAUCUUGGAGGGAGUUUGGAGGAGCACCUGGGAGGUUAAAGGAAGACCUCAGGAAGGUUCAGAAGAAGAUGCUACGAUCCCAUGGAUUAACCAAAGCCUUGAAAAGCAGGUGCCUUCCUUAAUGCAGGAGCCAUUGCCAAAACGUUGCCACCAUGAGGCUGCUCCGGAGACACUAUGGCCCACUGAAGCUGGCUUUGGUGGGUGUGGUCUUUGUGAUCUUUCUAUUCAUCAUGCAAAGAGACGUGGGCAGUGGGGAUCAACAGGAAGAACCUUGGCUAAAGAACAUUGUGGAUAGGAAAGACCAAAUGAUUGACAUAAUGAUGGGAGCCGUCAACAAUAUCCGUGACUCUAUGCCAAAGCUGCAGAUCCGGGCUCCGGUUCAGCAAGAGGCACUUGUACAGGACAGCAAUUCCUGCUUGCCAGGGUAUUACACACCUGCAGAAUUGAAACCUUUCAUGGAGCGUCCACCUCAGGACCCCAACAGCCCUGGUGCAGAUGGCAAAGCCUUCAAGAAGGAGCAGUGGACGCCAGAGGAGACAAAGGAGAAAGAGAGAGGCUAUGAGAAGCACUGUUUCAAUGCCUACGCCAGUGACCGGAUCUCUCUCCAAAGGGCCUUGGGACCAGACAGUAGGCCUCCAGAAUGUAUCGAACAAAGGUUCAAACGCUGUCCGCCUCUCCCAACCACCAGCGUCAUCAUUGUUUUCCACAACGAGGCCUGGUCAACGUUGCUUCGCACUGUGUACAGCGUUCUGUAUUCUUCCCCAGCUAUAUUGCUAAAGGAGAUCAUUCUUGUGGAUGAUGCCAGUACAGAUGAAUACUUGAAAGACGAGUUGGACAACUAUGUGAAGCAAUUGCAGAUAGUGCAGGUCAUCCGACAAAUGGAGAGGAAGGGCUUAAUAACUGCCCGGUUGCUUGGUGCCAGCGUUGCUACAGGAGAUGUACUCACUUUCCUUGAUGCUCACUGUGAAUGCUUCCAUGGCUGGUUGGAGCCUCUCUUAUCACGUAUAGCAGAGGAGCCCACAGCAGUGGUCAGCCCAGAUAUCACCACCAUCGACCUCAACACCUUUGAGUUUUCCAAACCCAUUCAAUAUGGGAAGCAACACAGUCGGGGUAAUUUUGACUGGAGUCUGACUUUUGGAUGGGAGGCCAUCCCCCAACAUGAGAAGCAGAGAAGGAAAGAUGAGACUUACCCUAUCAAGAGUCCUACAUUUGCUGGUGGGCUCUUUGCCAUUUCCAAGACCUAUUUUGAACACAUUGGCUCUUAUGAUGAUCAGAUGGAGAUCUGGGGUGGAGAGAAUGUAGAGAUGUCGUUUCGGGUUUGGCAGUGUGGUGGUCAGCUGGAGAUCAUUCCCUGUUCAGUGGUUGGCCAUGUCUUUCGUUCCAAGAGUCCACACACCUUCCCCAAAGGAACUCAAGUGAUCUCCAGAAAUCAAGUGCGCUUGGCAGAAGUCUGGAUGGAUGACUACAAGGAAAUUUUCUACAGGAGGAACCAGCAGGCCUCUCAGAUGGCUAGAGAGAAAACAUAUGGAGACCUCUCUGAGCGACUUGAGCUGAAGGAACGCUUACACUGCAAGAACUUCACCUGGUAUCUACAAACCAUUUAUCCUGAAAUCUUCAUCCCAGAUCUUACUCCAGCUUUCUAUGGAGCUAUUAGAAAUGAAGGAGCGAAACGCUGCUUGGAUGUUGGUGAGAACAAUCAUGGAGGGAAGCCACUGAUCAUGUAUCCCUGCCAUGGGAUGGGAGGAAAUCAGUACUUUGAAUAUACCUCCCAGCGAGAUUUACGGCAUAACAUCGGUAAGCAGCUCUGCCUCCGAUCCAAGUUAGGGCCUGUGGAGUUGGGAGACUGUCACUAUACAGGGAAACAUUCCCGUGUACCAGAGAAUGAAGAAUGGGACCUGACUAAGGAGCAUCUGCUUAUAAAUAUGGCAUCUAAGAAAUGUUUGUCAGCAAGAGGUGAGCAUCCCUCCUUGGCUUCCUGCAACUCUGCAGAUUCUUAUCAACUUUGGUAUUUCAGCUAAGAUCCAGCAAAAUCAAACCAGCACAAGUCACAUCAGGAUGCUAUCGACCUCCCAUGGGAGAUUUCUGUUUUUCUAAUAUACUCUUCAGAGAACAAGAGGAAAUCCAAGGAGAAGGGAAAGGGACCCAUUCAGAUAUGCUGAAUAAUCACACAGUUGCCUGUAAAACACUCUUGUGCCUUGAUGAGAAGGGAUGGUCAGACUGACACAGUAAAUGUUGUUGCCCUCUCCCCCCCUUUUUAGUACAAGUUUCAAGCUGGUGUUUUUGCUCGUUAGAGUGCCAUAUGUAUUGUUAAUCAAAACUCCAUAUUGUGAGAUGGACAGUCUUGAUGAUUUUAUCCUGUAGUAGAUAAGAUAAAAAGUCGGUGUUUUGUAAGAUGUGAAAUCAAAAAUGUCCCUAAAUGCAUAUGUGUGUACAGUGUAGGAAGUAGCAUCUUGAUGAAACUAACUACAGAGCGUGUCUUAAGAGAUAAUGUAUCAGUGGGAUUUUAUAAAAUAUUCUGAUGCCAAAGAUUAAUGACUUUAAAUCUGUUACAUAGGAAAUGGAUCUUCUGACAGUAGUGGUCUUUAAAAAAAAGAAAAUGCAUCAUGAAGGCAGAGAGAGAGAGAGAAUUCUAGUGCUUUCUUAGCUCUUCCAAAGGUCUUUGCACAGAGAUGUUUGUGGAUAGUGAUGGGUAACUAUUGCUCUCAAAGAUGCAGUAGGCUUACCUGCAUUUAAAAUAGCAAACACUGGAGUGCAGUGUUGUUGCAUGAUGGAAAUCCUCAGCCCUUUGCACAGGCUGUGGCCUGUGCCUUACCUCAGGCUUUGGGGACAUUCACCAUCAGCACACUGUGAAUACGUGCUAAUUCCACUGAACAACAGGUGGGGAAAGUAUCCUCUCUGGGUAGCUUAUCCUUCUUCCAAAGAAAGGUGGAUUUGGCAGAGGAGGUCACUUUUUGGAUUCAUGCAAAGGAAAUAUGUAGGGCGUUUGGUCUUUGCUGAGACUUUCUGUAUGAUCCAAGUAUCAGGGCCCAGGGCCCUUCCAGUUUCCACAGUCUGGAUAUCUUGAGAUGGACCUGACUCCCCACAUGUCUGUGUGACUAGUGCAGGGUUUGUAGUUUCAUGUCUUGAGUUCCUCUCUUGGAGUAAGACUGUGCUUGGCUUGCAUUUUUCUCCAGUUACUUCAGUAGCCUUAUUUGUACAUUUCCACAGCAGAAGCCAGGGAAGCUGCUAAUGUGCCUUUUUCUUUUCUUUUUUAAAACUAGCAGAGGAAGCUAGAUCCCUUGAGGAAACGGGUUUUGUGCAAGCCUGCAAAAUCUCAUCCAUGAAAAGGAGCUAAGACUACGCAAAACCAAAUAGGAAGGGAGGGAAGGGAGUGUUGUUGGAUUUAUUUUUUUUUACAGAAACAAGGAUGACAGGUAGGAAGAGCUGGAAGUAAACUGACACUGGAUUUUGCUAGACACAGUUGCCCACUGGAGUAAAUCUUCUGUUUUCAUUGUGUGCUAGUAAGGAAGUAUUUAGCUACACUAUAUCCUUGGAUUUAAUUGAUAUUCUGCUUAAGGCAAGGUUGUGGCGUUGUUCUCAACACGGUAGCAGCCUCCUGACUGACACUGAGCCUUAAUAGAUUGUGUUACCUGUAGCUGCUAACUGGAGCUUACAAAAGUUCCUCUCUUUUUUAUGACAACUCUGAGUCAUUUGGCCACAGGAUUCUGGGAAUUGUAGUACAGAAUAUUUUUUCCCAAGCUCUGAGCUGUUUUAGCAAUUGCACUGUCUUUAAUGCAAAGGGGAAAAUAUGCCCUGGGUAUAUAAAAACUGGGUUGAUACAAGAAUCAAAUUGCCUGUCCGUGUGAGGUUCCUUCUGUUUUCCUUUCUGAAAGCCCAUAGUUAGUUUCUGUCCAUCUUAAGCCUCUCAGAAGAGGAAAGGUGCAGACUCUGAAUGUGGAAACUAGCAUUAGUGUUCCUUAUGUUUGUGUCCAGAAAGGCUUUGGAUCCAAUGGAAAAGGCCUGACCUAGAAAUUCCAGUGGAAACAAUAA